CGAUUCAUCUCGAUGAAUGGGCUGCCAUCGGAACUCCUUCACGGCGAGUGGCAAUGCCAGCGCGAGAUCGACCUGCUGAAGCGCACACAGACCGCGCACCAGCAGCUCACUUCGCGUCUACAAUCAAUGACGCGCGAGCUGCGCGGAGAGCGCUACUAUCCGCGGCAAACGGAGACCAAGCAGCUACGUGUGCGCGUGUAUCACACGUAUGUUCUGCCUGUUGAAGCCACAGAGAAUACACCAGCGACACCCGGCAGGUGGACACUCAAGAUCGAAGGUAUCGACGCUGCAGCGGGAGAACCGACGAUUGUGAAAUUCUCAAGCUACUUUCGCAAGGCGUCCAUCGAGCUGGAUCCGCAUUUGUACUCAGACCACGUAAUUGAGUGGACAAGUUUCCAGAAGACAAGUCAUGACGUGGAUGGGAUCGAAGUGUCGAGAACAGGAAACACGGCACAAACUGUGAAGAUCAAGCUCCUACCGGCUCAAACUCCUGAGCGGUUUACCAUUUCGCCCGAGUUGGAAGCUGCAGUCGGUCAGUAUUUGGGGCCAGCCAAGGCAUACACCAAGCAAGAUAUUGUGCUGGCGAUGUGGGAGUACAUCAAGCUACGCAACCUCAUCAAGGCAGACGACUGCCGAGUGGUCCGAUGUGACGACAGACUGCUGAAGGUGCUCAACUGCGUGUCGUUGCCCUUCACGUCGCUUGUCGUGGCACUCAAACAGCAUCUGACGCCUAUCAACCGUAUCAAUCUCGAGUACACGCUGAGUCUGUCGACGGCUUGUGAGUCGGAAUUACUGGACGAAAAGUUCUUCGAUAUCUCCGUAGCUGCAACGUCCGAGCUGGAUGACGCUCGCGCUCGUGCACUCAAGGAAUGCGAGGACCUCCAACAAGACCAGAAAAAGGAGCUGGCGUUGCUAAAAGAACAGGAAUUGGACAUUCUGGAGCGUCUGCAGAUGUACACGAGGAAGAAAGAAUGGAUGACUCAGUUCGCUCAAGACCCGUGUGGGUUCAUGGCAGACGUCAAGAAGUCGCAACUGGCCGACGAGGACAUUCUGGCUGCCGAAACCGAGUUAGAUGAAGUCAACAUUCCACGUCCGCAGCAGUUCACACAGCCAUGGGUUCGUGAGGUGCUUGGGGAGCUGCUGACGACACCUACCAACUAAACGGCACAUAAUAUUACGUGGGUGUUACGACGG